UUUUUGACUUUUACGUUUGUUUCGUCUUCCCCACAACUGUACGGAAGCAAAAAAAGAAAAGAAAAAAGAGAGCAAUAUAUGGAGUUUGCUUUAGCCAGUUCGAGUUUCCUGGGUACUCAAGUGGUUCCGGGGACUCUGUUUCGCAGACGAGCUCGAGUCGUGCCUCUCAGAGUCACUGCGAGUGGAAGAAGUUACAAUCGCAGCAGAAACGAUAAGGUUUACACGAGGCUUGACUCUUGUCUGGUCAUCCCUCCUCCUCCUAGAUUCAAGAAACCGCGUGCCAUUGUUAAAUUCUUGGGAGGUGCUUUCGUCGGAGCUGUACCUGAACUCACCUAUAGUUACCUCAAGGAGCUACUGGCAAAGGAAGGGUAUUUAAUAGUAUCAGUGCCGUACAAUGUUACAUUUGAUCAUGAACAAGCUGCUAAGCAGGUUUAUGAAAGGUUCAAUUCCUGCUUGGACACGAUUGUCUCAUCUGGAGUUCCAACUUCAAACUUGAAUCCUCAAGAUCUAGCUGACCUUCCUGUUUUCUCAGUUGGUCACAGUAAUGGUGCACUGCUACAAGUUUUGACCGGAAGUUAUUUUGCUGAGAAGAUACCAAAGGUUAAUGCCAUCAUUUCAUUCAACAAUAAAUCAGCGACAGAGGCCGUUCCAUAUUUUGAGCAGCUUGGUCCUCUCAUCCAGCAGAUGAUGCCAGUCGUGGAAGCUUCUCCAGUAUAUGAAAUGGCUCGAAAUGCUUCAGGUGAUGUGCUGAAACUUUUACUUGACACAGCUGGGACAACGUUUCUAAAUAACGAUCAAGAAGCUCUGAAGUCAUUUACUAAUUUGGUGGAUCAGUUGCCCUCAGUAUUUGGUGAGGUUGGACAAGGGGUGUCUGAAUUUCGACCGUCACCACUUGAGAAUCGCAAUUGUUUCAAGUGCUCCUACAAUGUUCCUCACACUUUACUGGUACAAUUCAACUCGGAUGCAAUCGAUGAGACUGAUUUGCUUGAAGAAACCCUUAGGCCUCGGAUAGAAUAUAUUGGUGGUACACUUGAAAAGGUCCGGCUGAAUGGAAACCAUCUCACACCUUGCGUACAGGACCCAAAAUGGCAGAUUGGGUCUCUCUACACACCUGCAGAUGCUGUGGCUCAGGCGCUAAAGACCAUUCCUCUUAGCGAAACUCGAGUUCUUUCGAAAACUAUCGUCGACUGGUUUAGACAGUUUGAGAAUUGAGCUGUCUCAUGUAUUGUUGAAGCAAUGUAAGGAUGGGAUAUAUGUUGACGAACAAGACUAGCCCUAAUCAUUCUCUGAACCAAAAAAAAAUUGGUACAAUAUGUAUACAUGUGGGAAAAUAAAUACAUUGGCGACAAUUGUUUUCAUUGUUACUCACCUUCAAUGCAAAAUAUAGGGUUCAGGGGG